CAGGGCAUUUCUGCCGCCUAGCGAGGCAUAUAUCACCAUCCAGAGAGCGAAUCUGUAUCCUGCCUUGUUCUGCUGGGAGGGUGUGGCUAGGCAUGUGUUUAUUGCAGGCAGUUUUGACAACUGGGCGACCAAGAUUCCUUUAGUCCCAAGUGAUGGAACCUUCUACAUGAUUCUGAAUCUGCCAGAAGGGGAUCACUAUUACUUGUAUUGUGUCAACCAUGAGUGGAGAUGUUGCGAUAGUCAAGUAAGUUUAUG